CCGCCCCUCCCCGGCGGGGCCGUCAUUAGGCUGCCGGUUGAUUACAGGGUAUUGAUUUGUAUGUGCUUCUCCCGGCGCCGGCCGCUCCCGCUGGUGCUGCUGGAGUUCGGGCAGCGCUUCUCGUAGCGGCGGCGGCAGCUCCUACUAAACAUGUCGGCUCCCGCCGGGCCCCGGAGCGGCCCCGCCGCUCCUCAGCCUCCUCCGGCCCCGCAGCCCGAGAUGCCGGACCUCAGCCACCUCACGGAGGAAGAGCGGAAGAUCAUCCUGGCCGUCAUGGACCGCCAGAAGAAGGAAGAGGAGAAGGAGCAAUCCGUGCUCAAAAAAUUACAUCAGCAGUUUGAGAUGUAUAAGGAGCAAGUGAAGAAGAUGGGUGAAGAAUCACAGCAGCACCAGGAGCAGAAGGGUGAUGCCCCAACCUGUGGCAUCUGCCACAAAACCAAGUUUGCUGAUGGCUGUGGCCAUAACUGUUCCUAUUGCCAAACGAAAUUCUGCGCGCGCUGCGGAGGAAGAGUGUCCCUGCGCUCCAACAAGGAGGACAAAGUGGUAAUGUGGGUCUGUAACUUGUGCCGAAAGCAACAGGAAAUCCUCACGAAAUCGGGAGCCUGGUUCUACAACAGCGGCUCGCACGCGCCGCAGCCGCCGGACCAGGAGGGAGGGAGAGCUCUGAGGAACGAGGAAGCACCUCAGGAGAAAAAAGCAAAACUGCAGGAGCAUCCGCAGUACCAGGGACCACCAGGUGACAUAUCCACACAAGCUUUGGACAAAAACAGAUCUCAAGGGCUCACAAGACAAGACUCAAUUAAGAAUGGCUCAACAGUAAAGCAUCCAGUAACAAGUGACACAUCAGACAGGAAAAGAAGCCCUUCAAUAUCAAGAGAACAGAGCAGAAGAUACGACCAAAGGGACGAGAGAGACGAAUACUCGCAGUAUGCUACAUCAGACAGUGCGAUGCCCAGGUCACCAUCAGAUUAUUCAGAUAGGCGGUCACAGCGUGGGCCCCAGUUGUACGAAGAGCCUGAACUGGGUGAUUAUAGAGAUUCCAACAGGAGGAGCCGCAGGCGUUCCAAGGAGUAUCCGGUAGAAGAAGAAGAUGCGCAAAGCAGGGAAGAAUAUGAGAGGCAAAGGAGGGAAGAGGAAUACCAGGCACGAUACCGGAGUGAUCCUAAUUUGGCUCGUUAUCCAGUCAAGCCGCAGCCAUAUGAGGAACAAAUGCGUAUCCACGCCGAAGUGUCCCGCGCACGACACGAACGCAGGCACAGCGAUGUCUCGCUGGCAAAUACAGAGCUGGAAGAUUCUCGGAUGUCCAUGCUCAGGAUGGAACGGCCAUCAAGACAAAGAUCAGUGUCUGAGCGCAGGGCCGCCAUGGAAAACCAACGUUCAUACUCUAUGGAAAGAACUCGAGAGGCUCAGGGACCAAGUCCCAAUCGUCAGAGGACCACAAAUCAUAGCCCUCCUACACCUAGGAGGAGUCCAAUUCCUCUGGAAAGACCAGACAUGAGGCGCUCUGAUUCUUUAAGGAAACAGCACCAUUUGGAUCCCAGUUCUGCUGUUCGGAAAACAAAGCGUGAAAAGAUGGAGACCAUGUUACGGAAUGAUUCGCUCAGCUCGGACCAGUCUGAAUCCGUCAGGCCUCCUCCACCAAAGCCCCAUAAAACGAAAAAAGGAGGUAAAAUGCGCCAGGUUUCAUUAAGUAGCUCAGAAGAAGAACUGGCAUCCACUCCAGAAUAUACAAGUUGUGAUGAUGUAGAGAUUGAAAGUGAAAGUGUUAGUGAAAAAGGGGACAGUCAAAGGGGAAAAAGAAAAACUAGUGAGCAGGCAGUUUUGUCGGAUUCUAACGCCUUAUCCGAGAGGCAAAAGAAAAUGGUGUGCUUUGGUGGCCACUCCUUGGAAGAGGACUUGGAAUGGUCUGAGCCUCAGAUAAAAGACUCUGGGGUAGAUACGUGUAGUAGCACCACUCUAAACGAGGAACAUAGCCAUAGUGAGAAGCAUCCAGUAACUUGGCAGCCAUCCAAAGAUGGAGAUCGUCUCAUUGGUCGGAUUUUGUUAAAUAAGCGACUGAAAGAUGGAAGUGUGCCUAGAGAUUCAGGAGCAAUGCUUGGAUUGAAGGUAGUAGGAGGAAAGAUGACUGAAUCAGGUCGACUCUGCGCAUUUAUCACCAAAGUUAAAAAAGGAAGCUUAGCUGAUACAGUGGGGCAUCUUAGACCAGGUGAUGAAGUAUUAGAAUGGAAUGGAAGGAUACUACAAGGAGCCACCUUUGAGGAGGUGUAUAAUAUCAUUUUAGAAUCCAAACCUGAGCCACAAGUAGAGCUUGUAGUUUCAAGACCAAUAGGGGACAUUCCCAGAAUACCUGACAGCACACAUGCACAGCUGGAGUCCAGUUCUAGUUCAUUUGAAUCUCAAAAAAUGGACCGACCUUCUAUUUCAGUGACUUCUCCUAUGAGUCCUGGCAUGUUAAGGGAUGUUCCACAGUUCUUGUCUGGACAACUUUCAAGCCAAAGCCUUAGUAGAAGAACAACGCCUUUUGUUCCUAGGGUUCAGAUAAAACUGUGGUAUGACAAGGUUGGUCAUCAGUUAAUAGUGACCAUACUGGGAGCAAAGGAUCUUCCUUCAAGGGAAGAUGGGAGGCCAAGGAAUCCUUAUGUUAAAAUUUACUUUCUUCCAGACAGAAGUGAUAAAAAUAAAAGAAGAACAAAAACAGUAAAGAAAACAUUGGAACCUAAGUGGAAUCAGACAUUUAUUUAUUCUCCAGUUCAUCGGAGAGAGUUUAGAGAACGAAUGUUAGAAAUCACUCUUUGGGACCAAGCACGAGUUCGAGAGGAAGAAAGUGAAUUUUUAGGAGAGAUUCUUAUUGAGUUAGAGACAGCAUUACUAGAUGAUGAACCCCACUGGUACAAACUUCAAACACAUGAUGUCUCUUCAUUGCCACUUCCCCAUCCCUCACCAUAUUUGCCACGCAGACAGCUCCAUGGCGAGAGUCCCACACGGAGGUUACAAAAUAAAGGCUUAUAUUCAUAUAAUUCAGGAUCCAAAAGAAUCAGUGACAGUGAAGUCUCUGAUUAUGACUGUGAUGAUGGAAUUGGUGUUGUUUCAGAUUACCGACAUAACGGGAGAGAUCUUCAAAGUUCAACACUGUCAGUGCCUGAGCAAGUAAUGUCAUCUAAUCAUUGUUCUCGAUCAGGGUCCCCUCACCGUGGAGAUAGUAUAGGACGGACUAGAUCGUGGUCUCCCAGUGUCCCUCCCCCACAAAGUCGGAAUGUGGAUCAGGGACUGCGAGGGACUCGAUCCACCCCUGCGCACUACAACACCCUGAACCGCAUGGACAGACACCGAGCUGUGGACGACCACUACUCCCCAGACAGAGAGAGUCAUUAUGUUACUUUACCUCGUUCCCGGUACACCCAGUCCUCAGAUCACCAUUACAGGGAUGUCAGCCAGGAUCACACAAUGUAUCCUCUGUUUUGUGAAGAUGCAAUCAGAUUGCUCCGCUCCCGUACGAUGUGCCGUACCUAUUCUGAGGGUGCUUACUAUGAUCUUGAGAGGAGGACUAGGCAGGAGAGAAGAGUGCCUAAUUCAUAUUAUGAUGACACAGCCUAUACUCCUGAAAGGUGGUACAAUGGUGCAAGUUCAUGGGCAGAUGAUAUAGUCAAUGGUUCAGCUGAAAAAUAUGGCAAAGUUCCUAUAGAUAGUAGAAGAAUAACAUGUCCAAGGAUUGAAAUCCAGCAGCCAUCCACAGACACUGACAGAAGCGAGACAGUGGAUGUUUUUGCUGAUGAAGCUUCCUAUUCAGAAACAGAACUGAUAGAAGAAGAAGUGAGGAAUUGUGAAGCAGCAGAUAGACAGCCAUAUCAAAGAUCCAGAUCAACAGAGCAACGUCCUGUGCUAGAGCGGACCAACUCCCGCUCCCGAUCCACAGAGCGUCCUGACUCAAACCUCAUCAGGUCGAUGCCUUCAUUAAUGACUGGAAGAUCUGCCCCUCCUUCACCUGCCUUACCGAGGUCACAUCCUCGAACGGGGUCUGUCCAGACAAGUCCCUCAAGUACUCCAGUAGUAGGGCGAAGGGGCAGGCAGCUACCGCAGCUCCCGCCAAAGGGGACGUUGGAGAGAAACAAUGGAGACAAGGAGAUAGAGUCUUAUGAAGAAGAAGCGGAAUCAUCAAGGAGAACAAACUCAGAAGAAAAGAAAACAGAUCCAGAGAAUGGGGAUACAGGUGCACUGGAUGUAGAAGAAAGGAAUCGCCAAAUGAAAAUGAGCAAGUACAAACAGGUAGCAGGAUCAGAUUCCAGGCUGGAACAAGAUUAUCAUUCUAAGUAUCGGUCGGGGCGGGAUCCUCACCGAGGCUCGGACAACGUUUCCAACAAGUCCUCGGACAGCGAUGUCAGUGACGUCUCGGCCGUGUCCCGCACCAGCAGCGCAUCCCGCUUCAGCAGCACCAGCUACAUGUCUGUGCAGUCAGAGCGCCCCAGGGGCAGCAAGAAAAUAAGAAGAACAAGGGAUAUAGAGGGGAACAAAGAGGGAGGGCUGGAAGGGGAUGAACAAGAUGAAGUAUUUCCUGAGGAGGAAGAAAAAGAGGAGAAGGAGGAAAAAGGAAAAGAGCAAGAAAUUAAUGAAAAAGGGGAAGGGCAAGAGGUGACAGAGAACUGUGAUAAGGAGGAGAUCAAAGAAUCAGGGCAUGAUGAAAAAGCUCAAGAAGACCAAGCUGAGGAAGGGAAAGAGGAUGACAGUGUCUUUACAUCCAAAAUGCAAAGCAGACAGAUGGCCAUCUCAGGAAAGAACAUGACAAAGAGCACCAGCAUCAGCGGGGAGAUGUACACGCUGGAGAAGAACGAUGGCAGCCAGUCGGACACGGCGGUGGGCACUGUUGGGGGUGGCAGCAAAAAGAGGCGCUCCAGCAUUGGUGCCAAGAUGGUCGCCAUCGUGGGGCUGUCCAGAAAGAGCCGCAGCACGUCACAACUCAGCCAAACUGAAGCAGGGGGCAAGAAGCUGCGGAGCACCGUCCAGAGGAGCACGGAGACAGGGCUGGCCGUGGAGAUGAGGAACUGGAUGACUCGCCAGGCGAGCCGGGAGUCAACGGAUGGGAGCAUGAACAGCUACAGCUCCGAGGGAAAUUUGAUCUUCCCUGGUGUGAGGUUGGCUGCAGACAGCCAAUUCAGUGAUUUUCUGGAUGGACUUGGUCCUGCCCAGCUUGUAGGACGACAGACAUUGGCAACGCCAUCAAUGGGAGAUAUUCAGGUGGGAAUGAUGGAUAAGAAAGGACAACUGGAAGUAGAAAUAAUCCGAGCCCGUGGCCUUGUUGUAAAACCAGGUUCAAAGACACUGCCAGCACCAUAUGUAAAGGUGUAUCUAUUAGAAAAUGGAGUCUGCAUAGCCAAAAAGAAAACAAAGGUAGCAAGAAAAACGCUGGAACCACUUUAUCAGCAACUUCUAUCGUUUGAAGAAAGUCCCCAAGGGAAAGUUUUACAGAUAAUUGUUUGGGGAGACUAUGGACGUAUGGAUCACAAAUCCUUUAUGGGAGUGGCACAGAUACUUUUAGAUGAACUGGACCUGUCCAACAUGGUGAUUGGGUGGUUCAAACUUUUCCCUCCUUCUUCCCUAGUAGACCCAACCUUAGCUCCUCUCACUAGAAGAGCUUCCCAAUCAUCUCUUGAAAGUUCAACAGGACCUUCGUAUGCUCGCUCAUAGCAGCUGUGAAACUGUUGUCAUAGCAACCAGCGUUACAAAAAAAUAAAAUUACAGGUCGCAAACCCUGGUAACACUGCAUGCUUAAUGUUGUGUCUUCUGAGCCUGUUUCUAGGGCUGCAACGCGAUCCUGUGUUCUCAAGGAAGUUGCACACAUUGUGCCCUACGGAAGGCCCUCAGGUGAUGGACUGAAAUCAUGAAGAACUGAUAGGUUUGGAGUUCAGGGACUCAGUUUUGGUCCAAUCUGAAGCCAUGGACUAAACUAAAAAAAAUCAAUCUGUUUCAUGCAACAAAAGUCCUUUUCAAUGGCAUAUCUGUUUUGUUGCUCCCUUUUCUUUAUUUAUCUGCCCUCCCCUCCUAAAGUUUGGUUAUGCCACAGAAACGGAGUUACCCUCCCAUGGAGCCACGUUACAAGUCAGUGGAUUAGCAGACAUUGGAAGAAAAGAAGAAUCUAAGGAUGAUGGAAAAGUCAACUGGCACUUGCAGCAGUUGCUUGAGAUCUGAAAACUCUUCAUAUUGAAAAGGUUCAAGACUUAAAGUGGUGGGCUUCAUACCUCCAGCUGUUCACACGGUGAAACCCCAGACAUGAUGGACUCUCUGAAAAAUAAAGUUCUGUGGAUAUACUGUACUGUAUGAAAUUAAGAAACUUUUUUGCAUGGACACAGAUUUAGCUGAACACUUAAAUUAUUUUCUUGGGGCUGCAACUUGCAAAACAAAACAAAAAAAGAAUAAAUCAGCCAUUUUCAACAGUUUAUAUUAUUUUUAAAGAUAAAUUUCACUAGUGCAUGGUUUUAAAGGGAAGAGAAUGCAACAGGGUGAUACAAAGACAUACCACGUUUAUCAUUCUUUAAACCAGUCAUGGUCUGUGUUUUUGCAGACUUAUAUUAAAAAUAAAAAAUAAUUUCUAGCAAAUAUUUAAAAUUCUGUUUAUGUGACAAGAAAUAAGUGUAAUAUAUUAAAUUUAUUUAAAUGUAAAAGGUACAAGCCUUGUAAAGUUCAACAUAAUGUGCAAAUUGUACACUUCUUUUACCUCCUUCUUUCUCUAUCUCUCCUCCCAGUCUCCCUUCUUCCUUUUGCUCUUUUCCCCCUCUACCUCCCAGGAUGAUCAGCAUAUUCUAAAAUGGCUACCUUUUGACUUAUUACUGUCUUAUGCCCCAUAUUUGGUUCAGGGUUGCAGAUUGUUCUGCAUUUCUGAAUUAUUUGAGAAAAAUAUUGUUUAAGAGCUUACUUUUUUUCAAGCAUGUUGAAAAGGAUUUUGCAACAUGGCUUGGGAGUACAUUAAUGUAAUUCAGCAUGUAUUUGAUAAAGAAGAUAUUUGAACUUUUGCAAUUUAUUGUACAGUGCAUGGUAACUUAUUUUCGUUUUUUCUCACCUUCAAAUUGAAUUCUACAGCAAAAUACUGGAAUCAUGUGGCCAUUGUAAGAUGUCUUCAAUAAAUUUGUGUUCAGCACCAGCAUCUUUCAUUCAAAGACUGAACUAUUAUUUCUUGAAGGUUUUUGGAAAGAGGAAAAAUUAAGUACCUGAUUGAUUUUUAGGAAACAAAUUUAAGCACUUUUAUUUGCACUAAACCAAAUUGAUUGCUACAUUUUUGAAAUAACAGAAGCAACAAAGGUUACAAAUCCAUACAGUUCUUCUGCUGUAAAGUUCAAUUUUCAUAAAUUACAUUUCCAUUGCAAAAGACAUAAUUAGAUAAUAUCAGUCUGGAAAGUAUCAGUCUUUGGUUGGUAAAAUAGCCUUAAAGAAAACUUCUCAGUACCACUCUGUCAGCUCUUUGACACCAUUGCCAGAACCUCACUGCAGUUUAUGGAUCUUCGGAACCCUGGGUUUUGUAGCAGACAGUAACUACCAUUGGGUGGUGCUGCAAGUUCAAGCUUCUCAUUAAGUUUCGUUAUUUAAAGGGAAUGUAACUGGCUAAUGUUUAAUAACAAAAUAUCUUUUUCUUUUUUUCUUUUUCCUGGGUCUUUGUAUGCCUUUAAUACCUACUUAAGGUUUAAUAUUGAAAUCUUGCAAUAAUUUUUGAAGUAUGUUACAUUUACCUUUAUGGCCACACAGAAUUAUUCUGAUUUUAUUUAAAAAUCUGUUGAAGUUUCCCAUUAACAAAUUGUACAUGCCUCAUAAGAGGGAAAAAGUAAUAACAGUAUCACUUAUAAUGCCUUUUACUUUGUGCAAUAUCAUAGAAAAUGAGAUUGUGUCUUGUCUGCAGAGUUUAUAUAAUGGAUUAUUGUUAAUAGACAGACUGGUAAAAUUAUAUUUAUUGAAAUAAUUUAGACACCUGUCUACCAGCAGCAAAUAAAUGCUACUAACAUGCAGUCUACAAUAUCCCCUAGGAUAUUAAACAGAAAUACAUAACCAUUUUCCUGACACUGUGAGAUGUGCUCACACAUUCUUGUAUGCAUAGUCCUCUAUAAAUUAUUUCAAAUUUUAAAAUCAAGGACAUGACGCAUGGAAGGUUUGUACAUAAUUGUCAUUAUGCAGUAUUUAUUUUAAAAAAAUUAAUGUAUUUUUUUUAAUUUUCACACGUCUGCAAUUCUACUUAUGGUUUAGUCAUGUAAAUAGUACUAUUCCAGUGAUCACUGCUGUCUUGUAAAUAGUACGUUUUAAAAAGUUAAAAGGAAUUACAGUUGGGGAAAAAAAAGGGCAGAUUAGGCCUGUAAUGAACACCAACUAAUGUAAAUCAAACUCAUUCUGGUGAUGGUAUUUAACACUUUAAAUAAAACAUUUUCUUUACAGAA